CUUCGUUAUUGUAAUUCUGCUAGUUGCCUGUGACAGGCACCUAGUAAAAGCGAGGAUCAUGGUGCACUGCACUGCACUGCAUCACAACUACUAAAAGGUAGUUAUCCAGUGGCGAUCAGGGCAGUCCAUCCAUCCCGAUCGGGAUUUACCCCAUUAAGGCUAGUCCACCCGCUACCCGCUAACUCAAUCCAGCCAAGCAAAACGUGACGAUAACUUAACUUUUCUGGAGCUCCGCAAUCGUUCAGCAGGCCUUGAAUCGUUGCUGCAACUCCGCCUCCAUUUUCAAACCUCAAAGCUUCCAUCGCGAUGGAGGGCGUCGACGUGACCGAGUCGCCUCGCAAGCGCAUCAAGACUGACAAUGCUGCCACGACAGACGAGGAUGCUGUGCUGUCCCAUGCCGGCGGACCAGUGGCGGAGGAGAUUCCCGUCGUCGCGCCAGUUUCGGCCGAUGAUGCGCAGGCUCGGAGGGAGGUUGAGGUCGGCAUCACCGGCUAUGUGAGUGCGGAGAACGAGGGGUUCUCUGGUAUUCUGAAGAAGCGGUAUACCGAUUUCCUGGUGAACGAGAUUGUCCCCUCUGGUGAAGUCUUGCAUCUCCAGAAUGUUCCUGUGCAAGAGUCUUCGGGAGAGAGCAGGCAAAAGACGGAGGAUUCACAAAAGCCGGCCGAGAAGCCUCAGGAAGACAUUGCUCAACCUACGCCCGAAAAAGAUGCGACACCAACCGCCGAUACCCCCGUCGCCGAGUUCCAGAUCAGCGAUGAGGAUAACACGCUUCUUGAGUCCCUCUUCGGUGAGGAGUCCACAAAGAAGAUGCUAGCGCUGAACAAGCGCGCUCUCGAGAGUCCUAAGUCGAGGCCCAGCGACUUCAGCAAGAUCGCCACGGUCGUGGUCAACGAUCGCGAUUUGCGCAUCAAGAUGCACCAGACCAUUCGUCGCGUCUUCAACUCUCAGCUGGAGUCUCAGACCGACAGCGAGGGCCUGAUGAACAUCUCCGUCGCUCCGAACCGGAACAACAAGAAGGCGCAGGGUGGCCGCGGCGAAGGCAACGGACGGGCGCGUGUUCCGAUCAACUGGGAUGAACUGGGCGGUCCCUACCUGCACUUCACCAUCUACAAGGAGAACAAGGACACCAUGGAGGUCCUCAACUUUAUUGCUCGCCAACUCAAAGUCAACUCGAAGACCUUCCAGUUCGCAGGUACCAAGGAUCGACGUGGUGUGACGGUGCAGCGAGCGUGCGCAUACCGGAUGCAAGCCGAGCGACUGGCGAAGCUCAACCCUACUCUCCGUAACGCAGUCCUCGGUGAUUUCGAGUAUCGCAAGUACGGUCUCGAUCUCGGUGACCUCAACGGCAACGAGUUCGUCAUCACCCUUCGCGAAUGCGAGAUUCCCGGCGUCGUCGACCUGCAUGACCGCGAAGCCGCCAUCGCCAAGUCCGCCGAUCUGGUCAAACAUGCUCUGCACAACCUCCGGGAACGAGGCUACUUCAACUACUUUGGUCUGCAACGUUUCGGAACCUACGCCACGCGCACGGACACCGUUGGCGUCAAGAUGCUUCAGGGCGAUUUCAAGGGCGCCUGCGAUGCUAUUCUCCACUACAGCCCACACACCCUAGCCGCCGCACAGGACGCAAACGCCGCCGACGCUCUCAUCAGCUCCGACGACCGCGCGCGUGCCGAAGCGAUUCACAUCUACACGACCACCGGCAACUCUGGCAAGGCGCUCGAGAAACUUCCUCGUAAAUUCUCGGCCGAGGCCAACAUCAUGCGUCAACUGGGCCGCUCGAAGGCCGACUACCUCGGCGCCCUGCAGGCUGUGCCCCGCAACCUGCGCCUGAUGUACGUCCACGCCUACCAGUCGCUGGUCUGGAACUUUGCCGCCACCGAGCGUUGGCGGCUGUACGGCGACAAGGUCGUCGAGGGCGACCUUGUCUUGAUCCAUGAACACGUCGACAAGACCGCCUCCGCCAACGCCACCGGCGCUUCUGCAGCCGCGACCGCGGAGGCGGCUGAAACGGUGGAUGCCGAUGGCGAAGUCAUCAUCACCCCGCACGCGACGGGCGACAGCGCCUAUGUGGCCGAGGGCAUCACCCGCGCCCGCGCCCUGACCGCCGAGGAAGCCGCCAGCGGCAAAUACAACAUCUUCGACGUCGUGUUAACGCUGCCCGGCUACGACGUGCUGUACCCGGCUAACGCGAUGACGGCCUUUUACCAGCAGUUCAUGGGCAGUGAGCAGGGCGGGGGACUAGACCCCUUCGACAUGCGCCGCAAGUGGAAGGAUGUCAGUCUGACGGGCGGGUACCGCAAGCUGCUCAACCGCAUGGGGCCGGAUUACUCGGUCGAUGUAAAGAUCUACGAGCAGGAUGAUGAGCAGUUUGUGGCGACCGAUCUGGAGAGACUGCGUGGAGGCAAGGAUGUUGCUGGUGCUGAGGAUGCUGCGGAUGCUGCUGCUGUUGCUGCGCCGGAGCAGGAGAAGAGUAAGCUUGCUGUGGUGCUCAAGUUCCAGCUUGGUUCUAGUCAGUAUGCUACUAUGGCGCUAAGGGAGCUGACGAAAGGUAAAGUCAAGGCUUAUACACCUGACUAUGGGAAAGGGCGGUGAUUGCCUAGGAUGAUAAAAAAUGUCAGGAAAAGUGUACUGUACAUAUGCGCAUAGAAAUUAGUAGAGAUCAGAUCAAAAUCUACUACGGC